AUGAUUUUAGGAACUGAAGUCAAUGAAUCUGUUUCAAAUAGAUAAUAAUCAAAAAUUCAUUAUUUAUAAGAAUAGAAUAAGUAAUUGUAAGAAUAUAUUGUUGACCUUGAGAAUGUUUUAAAAUUGAAUAAGUAAGCUAUGUCACUCACAAUGGAAGGAGUGAAUAAGCGAUCUCAAGUAAAAUGAUUUAAAAUUAUAUAGAUGACAUCUGAUUCAAGUACAAUGUCUAUGUGUUAUACAAAUUAUUAGAAUUCUCAAAUAGAAAGUGCAAUAAAAUUACUGAAUGAAGAAAAUGAAAAACUCAUGAAAGGAUUCUUAAAUCAAUAGAAAAUAGCAUAAUAAUUAUAAACUAAGUUAUUACUAUAAGAAUAGAUAUCAGAAGAACAGCAAAACUAUUACAAAGAUUUAAUAUCAGAUUUAGAAUAUAAAUUAAUAGACUUGAAAAGAAGUAUUCAUGAUAAGGAAUAUGCAAUUUAAGAAUUGGAGAGGAUGAAACCUAUAUAAGAAAAAGAAGGAUAAUUAGUAAAAUUAAUUGAAAUUAUUACUCCUUCAGAAUAGAAUUUAAAAUUACAUGAAGAAUUAGAGAAUGUUCGAAAUUUACUUAAUAAAAUUACUACUGAAGCUCAAUCUAUUACAGAAACCAAUAAAACAUUUAGAGAAGUUAAUUAUGUAUAAUAUAAAUUAUAUAUAGCAUUUGAAAAGAGAAAUCUUUAAAAUGAGAAUUGUCUUACGCAGUUAAACAAACUAUUAGUGUAUGAAAGGUAAAUCCAUUUAGACUUAGAGUAGAUUUUGUUUAUAAUGAAUUUAUUGAUAAGACUGAUGACAAUUUAGAACUCAAUAGAGAAGUUUAAAAUCAUAGAGGAAAAUUAGAGUCUUUACAUCAAGAAUUAUAUGGUAAUUAUGGUUUAGGUUAUGGAUUUUCUCCAGAACCCCAAUAACUCAAAUAUUUAAGCAAAAAUGAAAGGAUGAUUUAUUAAGAAAAAUUACAUAAAAUGGAAAUGAUGGUGAAAGGAUUUAAAGAAUUAUUUGAAAAAGAAAAAAAUGCUCAUAUUAAUAUAAGAAAAUUAUAUAAUGAACUAAUUUAAAAAUAUGAAUCCAUAUUAGAUACUAAUGAAUUGAUCAUAAAAUCUAAUUAAUUGAAAGAUGAAAGAAAUGAAAAGUAGUAAAUUGAAUUAUAAUUUUAUAAAAAAUAAUGUUAGAGUUUAAUAGAAUAAUUAAGAAAUAGAAAAAUAACAUAUAACUCAAUAAUUCUUAAUUAAGAAUAAGACAUUGCAGUUAAAAUAAUUAGUCCAAAGUUUUAAUAAAAAAUAUAAUCGAAUUCAUAAUAAUUUUCCUCAAUUAAAACUCAUAAUUAAAAUAUUAAUGAUAAUAAUAAUAAAAUCAAUUCAAAAGAAUAAAAUUCAUAUGAUAAUAAUUAAUAAUCAAAUAAAAAAUAACAAAAUAAUAUUAUCUUAAAACCUAAUUUACCAUAACUUGAAAUAGAUGAAUCAUCUAAUGAAGAAGCUGUUUAAUAUAUUUGUUAAACAGCAAGAGUAGAUAAUUAACAAUUAAGAAAGUUGAAUUAAUAAUAAUAAUAAGGUUAAAUUCUUCAAUAUUAUGAUAUGACUAAAUAAGAAUGUAUUACAUUUUUAUAGUCUAUGUUUAAUGAUUAUUUUAAGAAAUUAGAUGUAAUUAAUCUUUCUACUAAUUGUAGUUCAGCAAUGUCAAAAAGAUUUAAUUAAUGAAUUAAAUGAAAGACUAACCUGUACUUAAAAAGGCUAUUAAAAGAUCUUAUAGUAAUCCUUUCUUGUACUUUUCUAAUACUAAUAAUAUUACACUUAAUUAACCACCAAAACAAUCAGUUGUAGCUAUAGUAUUUAUUUUAUAUUAAUUUAGACUAAAAAUGAAAUUUAAUUACUAUUAGCUGAAUUAAAAAGUAAAAAAUAAUAAUAAAAUAAUCAAUAAGAAGAUCCAAAUAUACUUUUUAGUGUUGAUAUUUCUAGAAUAGAUAUGAAAUAAAAUAAAAGAUAAUUCUUAGAUAAUGAACUCAGUUUUAUUUCUAAUUUUGAAUAAUAAGAAUGA